AUGCCUAGCCACCCAUACUGGUAUGCAUGCGUGUUAGGCAUAUAUCACAUGGAGGUCUGGCUCAACAAUGGAAGCCAACCUGUGAAGCGGAAUCUCAAAGUUCUUUUUGUCAAAUGGCUUGUGGACUUACAGAGCUAUAAAUGUGGCAUGAAACAUACCCGUCUGCCAAAGAUUACAUUCAUGGAGGAGUCGGACCCAGACAUGUUCAGGUUCCUCAACCCAGGACAGGUAAUCCGAGGAGCACACCUGAUUCCUGCAUUUGCAUCAGGAUGUGGUGUAAGUUCCAUUCAACAUGGAACUUUGUUGGCACGUCCUGGGGGUGAGCUGGAUGACUGGGAAGAGUACUAUGUCGGAAUGUGA